GAUACAUGCCCAUCACUACUUGUAGCCUAGGCUAGCCGUGUUGGCCAGAAGUUUCUAGUGAAUUCCUCUAGAAUCUAAGCGAUAAGUUUUCAGUUGAGUUGACUUGGUAGCCUAAACUAGAAAUAGAAACUGAAAGAAUAAUAUGGCGACCGCCGCUGAAUUGUGUCGAUCUAGUGGUCGCUGUCUACAGUAGAUUCCUCCCCAACAUCCCAGCAGAAAGACAAAGAUUCCUAACAAAAAUUCCCCCCCCCCCCCACUUGGGAGUCAAGCUCGGUAGCCUACAAUUUGAUCAGAUCUUUCAUUAUCAAACAGGCAAGCGAAUGAGCAAUAUGUGGAUGAAGAUUACCAAAGGGCGGUGGAGCUUUAUACAGAAGCCAUAGCGUUGGAUGGCGGACGGGAUGACAUUUACUGCCAUAGAGCACAAGCUCGAAUCCAGCUUGGGAAGUAUUCAGAGGCAGCUGCUGAUUGUGAUCAAGCCAUGAAGCUGAACGAGAAUAACAGCAAAGCUUACAUAAAGAAAGGAACUGCUCUUUUUCAAAUGGAUGAGAUAGGGAAAGCUCUUGAUGUGUUCAAGGAAGGGCAAAAACGAUUUGAGUCUGACAGUGUGUAUGUUGGUUGGAUCAAGAAAUGUGAGGACAAACUUCCGAGUCCAAAAGCAGAAACUGAGAGCCCCAAAAUACCACAACCAGCACCAGCGGAGAAAGCAGCGUGUGCGUCAUCUCCGUCAGCAGUGAGGCAUGAGUGGUAUCAGACUCACACCCAUGUAGUGGUCACUGUACUAGCAAAGAAUGUGAAGAAAGAUAAUCUUUCAGUAGACGUGGAGGACAGAAAGCUGAACGUCCUAAUAAAGGAGUACCAAGGCUCCCCUGUGGAUCUGAACUUUUUCCUGGCACACACAGUGGUUCCUCAAGAGUCGCAGACUAAACUGUUUGCUUCAAAGGUCGAAAUCAAAUUAAAGAAAAGUGAAGGUAUUCAGUGGCCCAAGCUAGAGGGAUCUGCUGAAGAAAAAGAAUCUGUAACUCCACUAGCAGCAGCCCCAAUACCCGAGGGAGAUGUGCCAAAGUAUCCGUCCUCAUCUCAUUAUACCCGAGACUGGGAUAAGCUAGCAGCAGAGGUGACUAAAGAAGAGAAGGAUGAGAAACUGGACGGAGAUGCAGGCCUCAACCAAUUUUUCCAAAAGCUCUAUGCAGACGCUUCCGAUGAUACCAAGAAAGCCAUGAUGAAGUCUUUUUCCGAGUCUGGAGGAACUGUGCUGAGCACUAACUGGUCUGAAGUGGGCUCCAAGCCAGUGGAGGUGAAACCACCUGACGGAUUGGAGUACAAAAAGUGGGAAUGCUGAUGACAACUGUGAUGAAUGGAAGUUUCUGUCACCAAGCGGUGGAAGAUUUAGCAGUGAUGAGUUUUUUUCAUUUUUAUUUGUUUGCGUGUGGCUGCACAGGAAAAACUGUCACAUAGGUUCCAAAACCCUUUCUGAGAUAGGAACGUUUAUAUAUUCUGCAACCAUUUGUUAACAUUUUGCUUUUUAUUUGAAGUUUUUGUCAUGCUCAGAUGAAAAGUUAUUACAAUUUAUUAUUUAAUUAGAGAAGCGUUUUGUCCUGUCCAAUGGAAUGUAGGAACUUCAAAAACUCUCUUGAGAUUUUCACAUUAUGAUGAAAGUAAUCCAUUCAAGACUGAAUUCUGUCUGUCUGUUGUGACUUCUUUCAUUUCAGUGUCUUCAUGUCUAAAUGAGUGCCAGAUUCAAGCUUGUCAAGAAUUGCAACAUCAAGCUCAGAUUUGCGUAGUUGUAUGUAUUGGAAUAUGACAUUUUCAAUAUUUUCUUUUGUGAAUUUGAGGUGACAUGCACUGCCUUUACUAGAAUAUUGAAUGAUUUCUGGUAAGACUAGAGUGUCUGGAUCAGAAGGUUUUCAUAUUGUGUCACCUGUUCUUCGCAGUGUUGAAAGGGUACGAUGUUUUCUAUCAGAUCAUUUUUGACUGCUUCAAAGAUUUCAUCUGCUCUUUCUGCAUUGCCUCCAUUGCCAUUUCCUGAGAGACAAAAAAUGUUUUAGUGCGUGUGUUAACACUGUGUGACAUAAUUUAUAAGUAGACCAGAAAAUCUCAACAAACUGGCUUCACUUCAGUGCCAGGCUAAACUGCAGUUCAAACAUCAAAUUCUUUUUUCAUUUUAAUUUAAACUUAAUGAAAGUUGAUAAAAACUAGCCUUCAAGGCUCAAUUAACAUUGUAAUACAACACACAAAUGAGCAUUGUUCAUCUGAUUAUUCUCAGUUGAAUUACGGUGACUCUGACCUGAGUAUUUGAAGUUUUGCACGUUAUAAAACAUUUCCAAGCAUCCCCCGAAACACAGCCCUGGUUCUGUGGGGCACUUCGGGCAGUAAUAUCGGGACUCUCUACAGAUGUUCCAUUAGCAAUUGAAGCCCAAUGAAUUUCUUCAUCUCGGAAAUGGUGGUUUCCUCCCAUAGACAAAAGUAGGAACGUUUGGGAAAGUUGGGGUUCUGAGCCAGAAAUUGAGCAGCCCUGCAGUUUGUUUCAGUAACAAGUGGAGUCCAGAAGUUCUCAUUUAGAAAAAUGUUCAGAAAAUCAUGCCAUUCAUCAAAAGCUGUGUGGUCAAACUACAGACCAUGCUGCACAUUGAAGUCUGGCCAUUCACGUUGAAAAUCUGAGCUUGGUGGCGCCCAUUGAAAGCCAGCAUCAUGGAUGCACCCUUUGACUUUGACAUGUCACUAUCAUUACUAUUGUCAGGUGACUCUUCUUUAGUAGACACAGCAUAGUUUGUUUCUGAGUAGAAAUCAUCCUGAACAUCACUCUCUGACGACUUGGCUUCCAGCUGAAAAAUCUGAAAUAACAAUUUUCUCUUUCUUCUGCCAUUGGACUCCUAUAAUGAGCAAGUUCGCUUGAACUCUCAAAGAACGAUUGUACAUGGUGUUUGUUUUGUGUGCUGUAGUGCUAUCAGUAAAGAUAUCGGGAAGAAAUUGGUAUCGAUAUACACAUCUUUUAAUGCUAAAUCGAUCUUGCCGUGAGACAUGUGAAUAGCUUUGGAAAUACAUUCUUUUAGGCAGUUACAUUUAUGACAUACCUAGUACGUCUUAAAGGGAUCGGUGAACCAGAGAAAUUCGAUGUUUACAAGCCGUACUUGGUAUGUCAUGUCAGAAAUAUCUAUGCAUUUUCAUGCCAUACCAGGUACGUCGUGGGGCAUUGAAGGGGUUAAUCGACCCAAACCCAAAACCAGUGUCUGUUACUUCCAAUGGGUUUUCCUGUGCUCCCACUCAUAUAUUUUGCUGUAGUUGUGACUAUUGCACUCUGUUGUGAUUAUUAAUGCUGAGUGUUUAAAGAAGUACAGCUGCUGUCAACUAUACGGAACCAAAUUCAAGAGGCAACUUAGGUUUUAGAUCAAGUAGUCGAUUUUCAGUGGUUUAUCAUAGGCCUACAUGACAUUUUUAGAAAUGUUUGCACAGAAUUAGCAAAUGAUGUUUUGUGUGAUUUUCAAGCGUUUUUUCAUUAGCUUUGGUUCUGUAUAGUAUAAGUUUUUCUUUAUUUGAAAUCUUGAGAGCUCCUUCUUCAAAGUCUAGAGCUAGCAAUUUUUAACUGCAUGUAUUGUUGACUGCUGGCUUUAGAAUUCAUUUGGAGGACAGAUAUUUGACUGAGAUCAGCGGGGGAUGUUGGAUUACAGUACUGUUGUAUUUCUGUUUUGAAGGGUCGAAGAGUUCUUUGUACUGUUACUGGCUUUUGUUGAAACAUAUCUUGUCUUUGUAGAUUUUCUCUGGAGAACUACUAUGUCAUUGUGUGCAAAAAUAGUUUUGUUCAUUUGAUGAGAUUAGACAUACUUCACUACUCCAUCUGACAGAUAUGAGAUGGAUAUAUCAUGACUGGACUUCUUGCUGAUUAAGACUUUGACUUGUCUAUUUAAACAUUAUUACUAUUAGCUAAAAUUUGUUUUAAAUUCGCUUUCACAGUAUUCAGCCUGUCUGUUUUUCCCAUGAUUUCAUGAAAGGAUAAGGAAGAUUUCAUAAUCAUUUCGUCGCCUCUGAACUAUUUUGUCCUAAGUGCCCUCUUUUCUUAAGUACAAAAUGGACUAAAUUGUUCUGAGGCGACGAUUUGUCUCCCUGCAUAUUAUAUUCAGCGGAAAGAGAAUGUGAGGGAAAAUUUAAGUGUGAAAUUUCUAUCCAAUGACUUUUUUGGGGAAAAAAUCAAUUGUGUGACUGUUAAUUACUUUUUACGUGCAGCCCUUUGAUUACAUUUCACUAUGAAGUCAUCAUUUUCUGACAGUUUGGUGAUUACAUUCCUUAGAGUUGUGUUAUUAGGUUUCACGCUUCCUUUCACUUCAAAAUGUAUGAAAUGUUUUAAACUACACUGAAAAGGUUUCCUUCCAAAGCUAAAAUGUGUGUGUCUUAUUAGUCUUAUUAACAUUUGUAUUUUGAAUAUAUAGAAAAAUUGUGUUCUUGGUAAAUUGCUAAACUUCAAUCUUCAGAUACCUUUUUUGAAACCAAAAAAUGAAAUUUUGUAGCUGUUAUUUAUAUGAUUUGCAUUUUAAAAAAUUAGUAGCACAACAAUUUACAAAUAAUUAGUUUGUGUGACAGAAUGCUAUAGUACUUUCAAUAAAAUGUGGCAGCAGUACUAAUUAUUUAGAGCGUUUAUUUAUUGUUCCUUAAGUAUUAAUGUUGCCUAAAUUAUUUCAAGCCUUUUUUGCUUCCUUUUAAUUUUCUCUUUCUUUCUUUCUUAUCACCUCUCAUACACUCUACCCCUUUUCCCUUCUCAUUCAUCUUUGGUAGUUACUAAGCAUCUGUUUUUGACUCAGCUUUCCGUCAUUGAUGUUGGAAUGUUCUAGUUUCCAAUUAGGUAUGAUUUUUAAACGUAAAGACGCUGUCAAAUUGUGCAGAAAAAUAAUAAAAUGUAAAUCAAUAA